AUGGCCCCCGCCCCCGCCCGAAUGGGCUUGAACCUCGUGAGUUGGCUGGUGAAGCUGACUGUUCUGCAGGUAUCUCUUCGGGGCAACGCCAUUGGCGAUUUACAUCAUCACCACCAGCAUCGGCAGAACGCCCGCCAAGACUUCUCCCCGGGAACAGCUCUCCAACUCUUCGAGCCUCGGGUAGCUCCAAUCGACGACAGCUUACUCGCAACUUGCGCAACAGAGACAGUUCUCUACACACUGACCCUCCUUGCCCCGCGCACUACAACUAGUACACACGCGGACGGGACAUAUUCCGCUUCGUCGGUCCCGAUAUUCGCUCCCAACGAGACGGUUCCAGUGACGACUCGUGUUGUUCAGACAGGAGUCGCUCAGAUCCCGGCUACGCUGUCUGGCAAGAGGCCUGAAACCACAGGUGUUGUUGACUCGGGGCUUGACCUGAAAGGCAAAGUCACAUCUAUUCCCAUUAUCCAGGCACCCAUUACAACACCAACAUCGCUCAUUCGAACCGUCUCCAACUCUACGGCGACAUCGGCCAUUGUGGAUAAACCCAUCUCUACAGUCACUAUGCCUUCAGGAGACAUAUUCGCGGACCCCAUCGCCACGGCGGCGCCCCCUUCUCAAUUCCAGAUUCGCAAUGACCACCCGGUUGAAAAGAAGGGCGUCAACUCCACAACUCCAGUGCAGACGAAUAAGUUCUUUGGAAACUUCCUGGUUGGGAGUCAGAGCGCUCCAGCUUUUACUCACCCCUACUCUGUCGCGUGGGCGGCGGGCAAGGGGGCAGCAGGUAGCUGGGGUAUGGCCAUCUCCCACAUUGAAGCGAGCCAGCGAGUGUUUGGCAAAGCUAGACCUGGAUCAGGAGGAGAAGCUUCAUAUUUCAUCAACCCGAUCGGUAUCCAGUCUCUGAUUGUUAGCUCCAAAGAUCUUGGUAAAGACACAGUAAUCGCAACAGACAGCAUCACUGCUUUCUCGGCCCGGGUCCACUUGCGGCCCAAUGCGACAGCCGUGCCGGCUGUAUCUUUCCCGCUGGUCCAGGGCAUGGCCUUUGUCACCGCUCAGUUUGCGGGCGCGAUACCCGUCAUCCAGAGUGGCGUUUUCUUCCGAAACGUCACGAAGGUGACUACUGACCCCAAACCUGGUGUUGCCAAAUUCAACUUUCACCUGGAAGACGGCAGAACCUGGAGAAUCUAUGCCUACGCGACAAAGGGAGACCCGUUGGAGCUACAGGUCAUCAACAACGGCUAUGCGGAGGCCAAAAGCCCCUUCUACGGUAUAAUUCAGGUGGCUAAGGACCCUGGCAAUGCCGAGGCUCUGUACGAUGAAGCGGCUGGUGUUUUCCCUACAACCGUCGUGUUGUCAGGGUCAACCCGUAACAAAGCGGGUUCAUACACCUUCAAGUUCGCCAAGGACGGUCAUCAACAAGGCAAGCUUGUCAUGUAUGCUCUGCCCCACCACGUUGAGUCCUUUGACGACAACACGCGAGCGGCAGUUCGUGAGGUGAAGUUGCAGACCACAACCAAGGGCAUUGCCACUGCCGUCAUGGCGGAUGAGUGGACCAUGGUCGAGCAAAAUAUGCCCUUGGACAUGACUUUUGCUCCCUGGGACCCCGAGAGGGGCACCAUGACGAAAAUGUCGGACGAAGCGAGGGCUUUGAUUCGCGGGAUCGCAGUCCAGGAGGCUUCUCAGAAUAUGGCCGCUCAGUCUGACCUGGAUUCGAUGUAUUUUAGUGGAAAGGCACUCGCAAAGUUCGCCAUCAUGCUCACGGUUAUCAACGACCUCCUCGACGACAGGAAACUUGCAGAACCGGCGCUAGGGAAACUCAAGCAGGCAUUCGCACGCUUUGCCGCCAACAAGCAAAAGUUUCCCCUGGUAUAUGAGCGAUCAUGGGGUGGUCUGGUCUCGUCUGCUUCCUACGUCACCGGAAACAGUGGCGCAGAUUUCGGCAACACGUACUAUAACGACCACCACUUCCAUUACGCAUACCACGUCUUGGCCGCCGCCGUCAUCGGUCAUCUGGACCCCAGCUGGAUCCCCGAAAACAAGGCGUACGUCAACGUGUUGGUUCGCGACUUUGCGAACCCGAGUGUCCACGACAUGUACUUCCCGCAAUCAAGGUCUUUCGACUGGUUCCACGGUCAUUCCUGGGCUCAGGGUCUUUUUGAGUCCUAUGACGGUAAAGACCAAGAGUCAAGCUCUGAGGACAUGAUGCAGGCAUACGCCAUCAAGAUGUGGGGUACAGUGUCGGGCGACGCCAAAAUGGCUGCCAGAGGAAACCUCAUGCUCUCCGUCCAGGCGCGUUCGCUGCAGCACUACUACCUCUAUACGAAGGACAACAAGGUCCAGCCGGCCCAGUUUAUUGGAAACAAGGUCGCGGGCAUUCUGUUCGAGAACAAGAUCGAUCACACGACCUACUUUGGCGCCAACAUUGAGUUCAUACAAGGCAUCCACAUGAUCCCUCUCCUCCCCUCAUCGCCGCUCGUCCGAACGCGUCAGUUUGUCCAGGAAGAAUGGGACGUGUACUUUAGCAACGGCCGGGCGCAGGAUAUCCAGGGCGGGUGGAAGGGCAUCAUCUUUGGCAACCUGGCCACACUCAACCCGAAGGCGGCGUGGGACUUUUUCAACUCGACCAACUUUGAUCCUAGCUGGAUCGAUGGCGGUGCGAGCUUGACAUGGUAUCUCGCCUACUCUGCCGGUAAGUUUCCCGAGCUCGACCCUGUCCCUAUGAUUCGUAAGUGCUAA